AGGUGUGGAUACUUCUUUUUUUUUCCCCUUUUUUCUUUUUCAUUCUUCGUUUUUUUUUUUUCUUUCUGAUAAGCUUUUGAUAGAGUGAUUAAAGAUUUUUUUUUGUCGUUGGGUAGGAGAGAGGGGGGGGGGGGAGGAAUGCGUUGCUGCUGGUGUGGGAGUGAUUGGUUUGGUUGAUUUUUGUGCGUAGAAGCGGCGUUUGCUCUUCUUCGCUUGUUCUCCAUGGGAGAGAGAGGUGGUUUGUUUGGCAAGCGGGUCAUGGUGGAGUAGCGGCUUUGCGAUGGAAGGGAGGAGCAAUUGCGAUAACGGCGCGCAGUGGAGAUGGACGACGCUUGAGGAAUUGUUGUUGACGGAUGCGGUCCGACGCUAUGGCUCUGCCAAUUGGUCGGUGAUAUCCAUGGAGUUGAGGGGACGAGCAAGGCAGAUGGGUGGACGAAGCGAAUCUUCGCUGAACCGUCUGUCUCCAGAAGUCUGCUGCACAAAGUUUGACGAGUUGAAAAGAUGUUUCAAGAAGAAGAAGAAGAAGAAGAAGAAGAAGAAGAAGAAGGAGAACGAAACAGCAACGAAAAUUCAUCGAGUCAAGAGCGACAAUUCCCGUAAUACCAACCCCGAGAAUAAUAACAGCAAUAAUAAUAAUAAUAAUAAUAAUAAUAAUAAUAAUAAUAAUAAUAAUAAAAGUAAUAAUAAUGAUAAUAAUAGUAAUUGUAAUACAUCGAAGAUUAACAAGAGGAAGAGUAGGAGUAGGUGUGAUCGUAGUGAAGAGACGGGGGGUAGAGUGUUGUCCUCCUCCCCCACGGAAGUAACAGGGGGGAAUGAGGAUGAGGAGAGGGAGAGAGAGGGGUUGCAGAAUGGUAUCAAGGAGGGUGGUGAAGAAGAAGAAGAAGAGGAUGAUGGUGAUGAUGAUGGCGAUGGUGAUUGUGAGGAGGAGGAGGAGAAGACGGAAAAAGAAGGGGAGGAAGAGGAAGGAGAGGGAGAGGGAGGGUCGUGGGAUAAGAAUUUAGUGGAGUUGAUUGAGCAGGAGCUGAGGCAAAAGCGUUGCGCUGAGCUGAAGAGGGAGCUGGAGCGUCGGGAUGGUUGGAUUGACGAUCUGAAGAUGAAGAUAAUGAGGCUGAAACGGGAUCGCAAGGUUGAUUGCCCAUCAAGAGGAGCUCGAUCGAUGGUGGCUGACAAGCAAGAGAAGGGGAAGGAUUGCUUGAAGUCCGGAGUAGGGGGAGGGGAGGGUUUGUCGGAGAGGCUUUUGAAGUCGCGUGCCGCUGGUACGGGAUUGGCCAGCGACGGCCAGCGACGGGCAGAGAAGGAUAAGAUCGGGGAAAAACAGCAGCGGGGAGAUGAGUGGGAAGGGGAGCGGCAGGAGGUGGGGGAGGGGGGGGAGGGGGGGGGGGGGGGGGGKGGGGUGAGGUCCAAGAGUCCUCAGCGGCCAAGGGGAAAGAGCAGCGGCCUUGGUUCUUCGUCGACUGGUCAUGAUCGAUAUGGUUUCAUACAACGAGAUCGGGAGGGGGAAGGAGGAGGAGGAGGAGGAGGAGGAGAUGGGGAAGGGGAGAGGGAGAGAGAUGAGGGAUCGAAAGAAGCAGGGGGAGGGGACGAAGGAGGAAGUGGAGUGGGCGAAAGAGCGACAGGAACAGAAGAGGGAGGAGGAGGAGGAGGAGGAGGCAAAGGAGGACAAACGGGAGGACAUGAGGGUGGAGGAGGAGGAGGAGGAGGAGGCAAAGGAGGACAAACAGGAGGACAUGAGGGUGGAGGAGGAGGAGGAGGAGAUGGAUUGGCGAUAUAUGGAGGAGUGUUGAUAGGAGGGGAGGGACAAGGGGGGGGGGAGGGAGCAGGCGAAGGAGGAGGUGGAGGAAGGCGGGGGGAUUACGCAGCCGCAGAAGGUUUUGCCAAUGAUGUGGAUGGUCGAUCUGUUCGGCGCGCAGCAGUUGAGGGUGUUCGUCCUCGGUCAGACGAGAGGGACGGGGUCGUGCAGCUGCCCGUGGGAAGAGAGAUUAAGCGCGCCGAGCAACUGGCCAGCGGAACAGGGGGGAGGGCCUCGCCCCUGUGCGCCGAGUCGAAGGCGGAGUUGAGGGGGAACGGCCUCCGCUUGCCUGUGGUCACCAGCGCCGCCUCGCAGUCGCCGCCAGGUAGAAUCGGCGAUCCCGAUGGUAGUAGCCAAGGAACACCGGUCGUCUCUGUUUCGUGCAAGGAGAGCGUGCCACGUGGUGAAGGAGUUGAAGAAGAAGGCGACGGCCGAUCAGGCGGAGGUGGUCGUAGUGGACCUACACCUGCUACCGGUAGUGCGUCGUCGUUCCAAAGAAAGCUGCGUUUAAGAUUGAGGCGAGGGAAUGCGGGAGCGAUUUGCGCCGGUCAUUAUCACGGUCGGGAUAUCUCAUCAUCUUGUGCUGACGGGGCGAAGAACUCGAGUCCCGACGGACCGGAUACGACGGAUCGCGGUCGCCUAGCUGGUGCUGACCUGGCAGACGAUUGGGAUCCCGCUGGCGGGCUUCGUCCUGCACCGCACGAUCUUGCCAGCGCGGCAGGUCGCGACUCGAGGCCGCCUCUCUUUGGCGGCGAGGAAAGCGCACGGCCUAUGAAUGAAAUCGCCGGCGCUGCGCGCCGUGGGGUCAUCGGGAGCGGUGCUGCUGGUCCUUCUGACAUCAUCACGCUGGAUUCUGCCACGUGUCACUCGGCUGCUGUCUCUGGCGAGCGAUUGGGUGAUGGUGCUGGUGGUCAACCAGAGAGGAAGGCUGAUCUGACGGGUUGUGGUGAUGAUGGCCGCAAGGUCAACGAUGACGAGGCGGCGACUAAUUAUCGUCCGUUGGAUCAUCCGCAUCGUCUUACGGAGAUCGUCCACGUGGCAGACCAUGUGACGGCUCGCCCCCUUGUUAGUAGUCAUCAAGUGCUUGCGCGGAGGACCAAGGGUACCACCACCAUGCCGGCUCCUGAUCGGUAUCCAGUUCUGGCCUCGGACUCUAUCAUCGGAUGCCUUCCUCCUUGUCCUACUGCGUGUGCGAAGAAACACGUGGGUGGGGGCGACGUGGCUAAUCGGUGUGCUGACGUGGACACAUGCGGCCGCGACGUGACGUGUCGUCGUGCUGAUGUGGCCGGCUGUCAUGAGAUUGCCGGCCGUGCUGACGUGGCGGUCGGAUUCGCUGCUGAGGGUGCGGGCAGUGCUGACGUGGCCGAUCGGAUCGAUUAUAUCGUGACUGAUCGUGCUGACGUGGCCGUUCGUCGUAGUGUUCUUGCCAGCGAGGUGUCGGGUGCAGACGAGGUCGGUCGCGAUGAUGGUGUUAACGUGAGCGAUGAUCGGGACGCUGACGUGGCACGUCGUCGUCCGAACGUCUCCGAUCGAAGGGUGGUUGUGUCUAGCUGGCGUCGUGGAGGUGGGCCAGGGCCUCGGAGAGCUGACGUGGCGGCCGGAGGUCAUAGACGUGAACUCGUAUCCGGCAGCAGACGCGGCGACGGGGAGUAUCAUCGGAGUCACGACGUGGCCGGUCGUGGUCCCGAUGUCUCCGCCAGGGAGGGAGAGGGAGAGGGAGAUGACGUGCAGGCGGCGGCGGCGGCCAAUCAUAGUGGGAACCAGUCUGGUGGCAUUGCUGACGUUGAUGCUAGUGGUCCUGGUAUUGCUAUUUUUGGUAUCAACAGUACGGACGAGUCAGAUUAUUCGGAGUCGGGACCUGUCGCGACCGCUAUCGCCGCGGAGGAUCCGCCACGUCAGCACCGCAACUGCGGCGGCAGCAAGGCGAAGACUGCUGCGCGCCGAGCGAUUUCGAAUAGGACACGUGGAUCGUCCACGUGGCGGGAUUCUGAUGCAGCUGCUGACGUGGCGGCAGCAGAGCGCGGGCCGGAUGAUACAGCUGCUGGCGCUUUGGCGAUGGGACGGGGGUUCUCCGACGCUGAUGUAGCAGAUUGCCCUUCGGCGGCUGCAGGGCUAUCAACCCCCCUGACCGCGGCAACAAGCGUGUCAGAUGCUGACGUGGAAAAAGAUGUACCGAGUAGCAAUCGAACUCUCGUGGAUAGAUGUGCUUUCGCCGACGAUGCGAGGGACUCGCGGAUUGUCGUGCACGUGGCCACCAGCUGCUCACGAGGCCGCUCGGCUGACGGCCACGUGGAUGUCUCAGACGGCGAUCGUUUCAUACGAUCAAUGGAUAUCGUGCCGUCGGGUCGUUUGCGCAGUUGCUCCCGUUGUCCCGAUACCGACAAGGUGGUGGUGGUCGUCCCAGGCCAAAAUGGAGAAGGGGGAGGAUCCGAGGCUGUCGGGACGGACGAUUUGCCGAGGAUUGGACACGUGUCGAUUCCUCCUGAUUGCCGCGUGUCAAGUCCUGUUUGCGAACGUGCUGACGUGGACGUUAGUCGACGAAUGCUUUCGGAGAGAGCUUCUCGUGAGGAUGUCACGUGUCCAUCUGCAGGUGAUGCCCACGUGACGGGUGAUGAUCGCGUUGCGGAGGCGGGGGGGGCCGAUGCGGCGCUCGUAGUGUCCGGAUCGCGGCGCGAAGCAGAUAAGCCGGCUGACGCUCUCAUGGCGGCCGCCGGUUGGGAUCCCGGCGCGGAUGACCUUUUAGCCGCGACCGUGUGCCACGUGGAUGAUCAUGCUUCGGGAAGGAUGAAGUCACCGUGUUGUGUGAUGACAGGUACUUCUGGCGCGGAAGAUGGGAAGAUUGAACUGGUCCCGCGGCCGCGUCGCAAUCACUGCGCCGACAAGCUUUGCAACGCGGGGCGGGCUUAUCGUUGCGAUCCCGAUCGCUAUCGUGCGAUCCCGAUCCCGAUCCCGAACGUAGAUGGAAGUAGUGGUGUGCGUCCUCCAAGCAGCGAUGAUAGAGGCAGCAAGAUUGUGGUGGCAAUGGAUAAGGAAUCGGAUAAGGAGAAGAUCGAGAAUCGUUGGGGAGCAUCUAUAAAUAGCGAGAAGCAAAGAGGAGGAGGAGGAGGAGGAGGUAGAAGUAAAGAUGUGGUGUUGAUGAGAUCCGAGGGGGUAUCGAGAGAGGAGGAAAGUUACGUGGAUGCUGUGCGGCAAUUAUAUGAUGUGUACAAUUCGGGGGAAUCUUCUGCCAAGUGUGCUACUGAUCGACACGUGUCCUCUUCCGAUGAUGAGGAAGGUUUAUCCGUACAUGCUCAGCAGUGUACAACUGCGCGCCACGUGUCUUCUUGUUCCGAUGGAGAGGCAUUGUCACGGCUACCCGGUGCGGAGGUUCUUGCCGCUUCGACGUCCUCUCGAUUGACAAUCAGCAGGGUGGAGGUGUGCGGGGGGGAGCGGAGGAAAGAGUACGACAAGUUGCGCCGCUGCUGCUUUAAUGGGGUUAUCAGCGAGGCUCGUGAGAGAGAGGAGGGGGAGGUGGUGGAAAAGUUUACUAUGGACGACAGCAAAAAAGCCGUGCUGGAGAACGGCAAUGAAGUCGGAGGAUCUGGAGGGAGAAGCUGCUGCGAAGAUAGCAGCGAUCAGAUGAGAGGAGGAGGAAGGGGAGCAGAGUGUCUGGUCCCCGACAUCCGGGCCUCGGUAAUGACGAGAACGACAGAUGUCCGACAAGAGGUCCACCAAGAGGUCCACCAAGAGGUCCACCAAGAGGUUCAGCAGCAAGAGGUCCAGCAAGAGGUUCAGCAGGAAGAGGUUUGGCAGGAAGAAGAUCGAGAUGGAAAAGAGCAAGAAGGGGGGAGUAAGGGGGUUGGGGUUGAUGUCAACGAGAAAUCUUGGGAAGGAGCAAAUGGAAAUGAUGGAGGCAGACGGAGAGAAGAGGAGGAUGUGGAUAUGGAUAUGGAUACAAUGAAGCAUGGAGAUAAGGAUGAGUGGGCGGACAAAACUACGGAUGCUGACGUGGUCAGGAAGAACUGUGAUCGUAUCGGUGGCAAGUGGAAGGAGAAGGAUUUGGCGGGAAAAGGCAAGGAUUUGGCGGGAAAAGGCAAGGAUUUGGUGGGAAAGGGCUCGGCGUCUGAACAUUUGGAGUCCUCGGGCAGGGAUGAAAGCGCGCGCAGAGCAGAGGAUGACCGUUCGCGAGGGGACUUUCUUCGGGGGGGCAGAGAGAAGGAUGAUAAGGAUGGAGGGGGGGAGGAGGGUAGUAGCCCUCUGCGAGGAGGGGAGGAAGGGCGAGUAACGGGGAGGAGGAUAGCCCUCCUUCGGGAGGAGGGGAAUGAUGAUAUCAGCGACGGAGGAGGAGGAGGUGGUUUGGAGACGUAUGUGAACAGGCAGAGGAUUGGGGGGAAGGUGGAGGAGGAGGGGAGGAAGGGGGAGUGCGUGGAAGGGGAUCGUGCUUCUGCUUGUCACAGUCGCACUUCAAGACUUACGCGAGGUCGAGAAGAGGAGGAAGGGAGGUCUAGGCGGCAGCAGGACGUGGAAGAGGUGGUAGAAUACGCGGUCGGCGAUGGAGUCGAGAUCCAGCAGACCCUAAGGGAUCUCCCCACUGGGAUCCCGAUCGGCGUAACGAUUGCCACGUGUCCGCUGGUUAGCGAGGGAACAAGCCGGAUGGCCUGCGCGGAUGUCCGGAUCCCAUCGACGGCGGAGAUCUGCACCAUAGCCGACGCGGCUCCUAGAGAGGGUGGGGAGCAUUCUGUGCAGAAGGGAUCGGGAUCGAGGGUCGGGAUUGGGAGGAGGCGUGAGCGCUCCAGCAGUCUCUCAUGUGCGGCGAUGGACUUCUCUCUUCCUGGAGGUGAAGGGAUGGGGAUCGAGGGUCGGGAUAUCGAGGAGGAGAAGGAGGGGGAGGGGGUAGACGACCUCCCCCCGGUAGAGAGAAUGGAAACGAAGGGUGGGAAGGGUGAGGACCACCACAUGCAGAAGAAGUGCAGCGCGGGCCAAACGGGCAUCAUCGUCGCGGGUGAAGAGAAGCAGCAGGAGGAGAAGCCGUCGGCCGUUGAACCGAGAGGUGGUGGCAACCCUGGUGUCUCGGAGAGGGGGUUGGAUUUGGGAGAGAUAGGAGGUGCUGCGUGUUCGUUUGUAGGAGAUGGAGAGAUUGGGAGAGAGAGAGAAGGAGAAGGAUUGCCCGAAGCUGUGGGCUAUGGUAGCCAUGUCGGAACGGAAUUGACGAGAGGAGAGAGAGGAAGAGGAGGAGGAGGAGGAGGAGGAGGAGGAGGUACUUCGCAGGAUCUGCGCAUGGAGCGUGAAGGUCGCUUACAGCGAUGCCGCCGUGGGGGUGGGGAUGAUGAGGCAAUCAAGGUCGAUGAUGGGGAGAGAAAGGCGGGCGGGAGAUCUGUCGGGGACCAAUUAAGAGCGCAUGAGGGAGGUUUGUCCAGUGACGAUGGCGACAGGAGCAGCCGCGACCGGUUGAGGAUGAUUGUGCCGGGAUCGGGAUCCAGAGAGGUAGAAGGCUACUCCGGGGGGAACGAGGAUUGCAGUGACGGGUUUGUAGAUCAAGGGGGAGAGUCGUUAGCACGGCCGGCAGAGGAGAGAGAGGAGAGAGAGGAGAGAGAGGGGAGAGAGGGCAUUUCUGUAAAUGGCCGGGUGAAGAGCGGGCUCGUCCUCGAUCGUGAGGAGAGAAGGGGGCAAUUGGAGAAGAAGAGGGAGGUGGAGGGUAAUGGGAGGUCGGGAUCUCGAGAUGAGUCAUCAUCGAAGGGAUCGAUGGAGGCGGGAAAGGAGGAGAAGAUGGCGGGAGAAGUGGGUGGGCGGCGAUUGACGUUAUCUGGCUUGAUCGAGUGGAGCAGGAAGGGGGAGGGGGAGGGUCAUGGAGGGAAGGAAGGGAAGAUGGAGAGGGCGAGUAGUGCUUUGUUGCCAGAGACAAGUCCAGAGAUCAAGGCCAAGGAGUCCGCCGCGGCGGCGGCGGCGGAGGAGGAGGAGGAGGAGGAGGGAAAGAAAGCAAGGUGUGUGGAGGAGGGGGUUGUGCAGUUGGAUGAUAUGAUGGAUGAUAAGAAGGACGAUGACGUGGAGGUCGAGCUGAGCGAGGGAGAGAACGGGGCGGCAAUUGGGAGAUCCGGGUGGUUGGUGCUCGAAGCAGAGGAGACAGAGGAGACAGAGGAAUGUAUGGGCGUCGAGGAAAUGGGGAAUGAGGAGGAGGAUGAGCAAGGGGUGAGUCGAGACGGAGAGGAACACGCGAGAAUGGCCAAAGAGAUCGAAAUAGGUAUGCGCAAAGAAGUUGUCAGUCUGCAACAGACUGAGGAGGGGGGGAGUCGGAAAAAGACAAAGGACAUGGCGAUUGAGGCAGGUGGAGGGGAGAAUGGGGAGACUUGCAAAAAGGAGGAGGAGGAGGAGGAGGAAUAUACGAUCCCUCCUCCCGAGUUCAGAGCAAGUCUUUCGACGUUGGAUGUUGGAAAAAAGAGACUGGAGGAGGAGAGCGUAGGUGGUCGGAGAAGAUUUCAAAGAGUAUUGGCGGAGGAGGAGGAGGGGGAGGGGGAGGGGGAGGGGAAGAGGGAGGAAAGGAAAGUUUGGCGCGUGAAGGGGGAACAACCAGAUCUUGCCAACGAUAAGAGGGUGGCUAUGGCCAUGGCGAUGAUCCAUCAGCGGGAGACGGGUGUGGAGGUGGUUGAUUGUGAGAAGACCCUACACGCGCAUGAUGAUGAGGAAGAGGGAGGAUUGGAUACGGCUCAUGAGGCUGAUGAGCAGGGGGGAGGAGGGGUGAGCAAAGCUGCCGGUGGGGGCAGAGAGAAAGAAGGGGUGGUGGUCCUCCGCGCUCACUCCUCGUCCUCGCAGGUGCUGACGUCAAGAGGUAUUGUGAUGUGCGAGUUUGGAGAAGAAGACGAUCGGGAUCGGGAUGUGGGGGUGAAGGGAGAUGGAAAUUCUGGAGGGGAAGAGUGCCUCUUGGAGUGGAUGAAAGGUGAUGGGGACUUUGGCGGGAAAAGGGACUCGGAGAGUGCGGCGGAUGAUGAUGAGCGUUUUGGCGGGAAAAGGGACUCGAAGAGUGCGGCGGAUCAUGAUGUGCGUUUUGGCGGGAAAAGGGACUCGGAGAGUGCAGUGGAUGAUGAUGAGCGUUUUGGCGGGAAAAGCGUUUCGAAGGCGAAGAGAGGCGAGGGGGUUGGCGGGAAGGGGGUUGUAGUGCGUCUGGGAGAUGAGGCGGGGUCUUUUGGCGGGAAAGAGGCCGACGACUCUGUGAAUCACCGGGCCCUUAGGAUGGGCAAGGAGCUUGCCGAUGAAGGAAUGGUAGCUUCGCGGGACCAGGGGGGGGCUAAUCGGGAUCGGGAUGACGGAGUCAGGGGGUUAGUAGGAGGAGCAUCUCUGGAGGAGGGUGAGAGGAGCGAUCUCGACAAUGCAUCCAAGUGCAAUGCACCUAAAGAGAACCUCAAGGACGAGAAGGGAGAGGAGGAGGAGGAGGAGGAGGAGGAGGAGGAGGAGGGAAGGCCGAGGGAGAGGUGCAGCGGUCUUGUGAAGAUGUAUGAGGAGAAAAGAGGAAGGGGAGUCUUUGAUGGGAGGGAGCAGGAGGAUGCGGAGGGCAUUGCGGCGAAUUCGUCCGACGAGAAGGACGAUAAUGGGAAGGAGAAGACGAACGUAGGCGCAAAGGUCGUAGGUAGGAGAGGCGUGGAAGGGGGAGGAGAGCAGAUUGAUAUCACCGUUGAUGAUCCUGAUCCGUCGUCGGCUAUGGGCUUCGUGGCGGGGACCAGUGGGGAGGAGGACGAUCAACGCUCUGCUGUUUCCGAGGCGGCGGGCGUCGUGACGGAAGAGAUGAAGAUAGGUGGAGGGGGCGGUGUGAAGGGGAUGGAAGGUGAUGUCUUGGGCGGGGAAAUGGACUUGGAGGGGUGGGUAGAUGGUUGUUUUGGCGGGAAAAACGUUUCGAGCGCAAAGAAUGGAGGUCUUGUUGAUGGCGGGAAGGAGUCGUUGGACAUGUCUAGGAGAGUGAUGGUGGAGGAGGAAGGGGGUGUGGAUGAUUAUCAGCGGAAGGCGUUGAUUAGAGUGAAAGGAAGGAAGACGGGGGCUCGUAAAAUGGUGAUGGGAAAGGACAGCGAAGGGAAGGAGGUGGUAGUAAUUGAGGAGAGGGAGAAGAUUGUUGGGAAGAAGGUUAAAGAGGAGGAGCAGGGGGCGAAGGCUGGAGUAAAGGCAGGAAAGGUUGAGGGAAAGGAGGAGGAGGAGGAGGAGGAGGAGGAGCAGGGAAGAACGGUUGGAGCCAAGGCAGCAGCGGAUGGGGAAGGGGAGGAAGGGAGGAGGGCCAGGAGGAUGGGUGAAACGAAUAUGAAAGAAGAAGAAGAGGAGAGGGAGAGGGAAAGCGUUGCAGGGCGCGGACAAGAGAAGGAAGAGAGCGGGAAGAGGGUUGGAACAAGCAGGAAAGAGGAGGAGAGGUGGAUGGAUGAAGAGAAUGCAAUGGAGAAGGGGACGGAUUGGGAGAAUGGAGGGGUAGGUCGGAACGUGUCCAGGGGAGGUGUCACCACCGGGAAGAGGGGUACGGGCCAGUUGUUGGUCAAUGCAGAGGAGGGAGAAGAAGAGGGCGGUGGGAGAGAGAAGAAAGGGGUGGAGUGUGGAAACGAGGAGGCGAUGGAGUUUUGUGCUUCUCAUCAUGACGGCGACGAUGACAAAGUGAAGGAUGGAGAGGAGCAGGACGGGUGUGCGGAUCGAUCUAUGGAGGAGAGGGGCUCUGUGAAGGGUGCGCAAAGCGAGAUUUUGAAUAGCAAUGCCACGAUGAUGAAGGACGGGUGUGCGAAUCGAUCUAUGGAGGAGAGGGGCGCUGCGAAGGGUGGGCAAAGCGAGAUUCUGAAUAGCAAUGCGACGAUGAUCAAAGACGGGGGGCCAUGUGCGAUGGAGCUGCAGCUAGCGGAGGGAGGAGGAGGAGGAGGAGAAGAAGGAGGGGGAUCCGAGGUCACGGAUCGGCAGAAGGUUGUCUGCACAACGAUGAUUGCAGACGGCGGAGGCAGCAGGGAAGACGGGAUGUCUAUCUUUGGUAAUGAGAGAGCCACCACCCGUGCGGCAGGGAGCUGGACAGGGGAGGGCGAGGCUAGCGCUGGAAGUAAUGGGGGUAAAGUUUUGAAGAAGCGUAAAGCGAGUGGCUAUGGAAGAUUGGGCUCAAGGAGGGGAAAGAAGGUUCGUGAGAAUCGCAAAAAGGGGGGUGAUGGAGGAAGAGAUCAAGGAGGAGAUGGUGAAAGAGGAGGAGGAGGAAGAAGAAGAGGGGGAGCAGGGUUGAGUUGGGACAAAGGGCAGCAGCCAGGGGAGAGUGAGCGGGGGAGCGAAGUGUGGGCUCGAACGGAAGGGGAGGAAAACCAGUCUCCACCUCCCAAGAGGUCUAGGAGAGAGCCCAAGGUCAGCGGAAGAUUGCUACCCCUUGUGGAGGUGCUUAGGGGAAUCAGUUCCCACAAAUUUGCGUCCCUGUUUAGACACCAUCCUGAUAGCAGAGAGCAUCCGAAGUACGACGAUCUGGUCCGGCAACACGUGGACUUGACGAUGGUGAGAUCCCGACUGGAAGGGGGAAUUUACAAAAAUAGCAUGGAAUUCUAUCGUGAUCUGCUGUUGAUAUUCAACAACGCCCUUGUGUACUACCCACCUCGCAGUCAGCAAUACGUUGGAGCACUGACUUUAAGAGACCGAGCGACGAGAGAGAUGGAGGUGGUUUUCAAGGCGGAGAGCUUGCUGAGCGCCGAUCAUCCCAUGACAAGACGGGCCAGGCAGUCCAGUUCAAAUACCACUCAAAGAGCAGGAGUGGAUGCAAGCGCGGCGGCGGGAGGAGGGGCAGGGGGAACAUCAACAUCAGACGCAGCAGCAAGAGGAGGUGGAGGAGGAGAAGGAGGAGGAGGAGGAGGAGGAGUUGCGGGGAUUGCAGACGGUCAAUCAGUGGGCAAUGAUGGAGGCAGCAGCGUGGCUAUGGUGGACUCUUCGUGUGCGGAGAAGCGGCCUGCGCUUGCCUCUCUAUCUGUGAGGGACAAUGAUGGUAAAGGGGUGGGAAACCGAGACAAGGGUGUUUAUACCUCUCAGCCGUUGACAAUGCUGGAGAAGCAGGCGUUGUUGCCCUCGGCUGCUGAGUUGAAGUUGAAAAUGACGAACACCAACAAAGGGGGAGGAGGGGGAGGAGGAAGAGGAAAACGAGGCGGGCCUCCUGUGGUGAAGAAGAGCCCCUUGGACACUGUUCCUCCAUCGUCUACGGAUGAUGGUUUAAGGAAAAGGGUGGGGAAGCAGAGGGGAAGUGGCUUAGUGAUUGGUGCUGUGCAAUCUGAUGCUGCCGACGAUUCUCGAUCUUCGGAGAAUCUUCUUGAGCAGAAGAGGGUGAAGCGGAGGAAAACUACUGCGACUGCAGUUUCUUCCAAGUCCAACAUAGCCACAGCAGGCGGUGAACCAAAGACGUCUGCACCUGGGGAGGAGCUGGGAGCAUGUAAGUUGGCAGUAGAGGCAUCCGAUCGGGCUUUAAAGGAGGUGGACAGACGGCCCACCAAGGUGUCGAUCCCUUUGCCGAAGAGGACAGCAUCCGGAUUUGCUGUGAAAGCUCAGGCAGCUAUGGCGAAGAAGACGACAGUUGUGGCAAAGAUUGCUGUGCGAGUCGUUACAGGACGUGCUCAGGAGGCCUUACGGAAAGGACGAGCAGCGUCUCCGAUCGGGAGCGGAUAUCAGCAGCAUUCUGCGCAUAAUAUGGAAUGGCCAGAAUUGACGGCAGACGGCGGAGUUGGGGUGAUGGAGGAGGGAGGUGGGGAGCAAUCAUGCGCGAAUGAGAGGGAGGGUCGGGAAGGGGAUGAGGGGAAGAGGGAGGAGGAGGAGGGGAAGAGGGAGGAGGAGGAGGAGGAGGAGGAGGAGGAGGAGGAGGGGGAAAUGGCAACCACAGGGCAAGUGAACUCUUUGCCUGUGAAUCUGAAGGUGCCGUACCACGCUGCAAUCGGGGAAGGGCUGGGAGGGCGUAUGCAUACGAAGAGGGGUGAAGGAACCUCCUCUACCUGUACAGAAGUAUGUGUGGUAGGGGAUUUGAAAACUGGGGGUGGAAGAACAAGUAAAGGCAAGGCCAGAGUGGAGAACCGGAUGGGAUCUUACGUGAUGGCCAGCAACACACCCGGUAGCGCAGCUGAUGGAAGACAAUCAAGAAGAGGAGCCAAACGACCCCACGAAGCGGAUGUAAUGCUAACGGAGAGCAAGAACCGAGGCAGUAGCGUCAACCAGGCGGCGAUCAGGGAGACUGAGUGGGUCAAGGAUGCUGUCCCACUUGUUGAGGACCAACGGGAGCUAGGAAGCAGAGUGCUGAGAGGAGGAAGAGGGGCAGGAAGAUGCGGAGGUGCUGGCACGAAGGAGGCCCGACAGAGCUGUGACUUCAUUCCUCAUAGUGUGGACUGGGGUGGUUGGCAGGACGGGCGUCAGUCAGAAGUUAAGCCCCAUGGGAGGAAGCAAGUUAUGGUGCCCGGAGGCUCUCGCUUGGGAGAAGGGGGAAAGAAUCAAAUCGCCGCCACGUCGGAAAAUCAACGGCCGCUGGGCCGCGCAGAGGGUGGUAGCGGUGUUGCAGUGAUUGAGAGUGGUGCAUCUGGUGGAGUGUUGAGAUUGAGUGUCAAAAUGCCUCCCAAUUCCAAAGGACCGGGUGAAAGGGUAAACCUUAGGUGCGAUCAUCCGCCGUGGGUGGAAAGAACGAGGCAGGCAACAGCAGCAAUGACACCAACAGUAGGCAAGGGUGAUGGUGCCAGGGGGGGAGGCACAGCUGCUGUUGGGGGGGGAGGUAUUAGCACGCGCAGGGGUGCUGGCCGUGGCGGUGGUGGUAGGGACGGCACAGGCGAGGGUAGUGAGGGUGGCGUUUCCAGUCAGGGAAUUAGCGGUGGAGGUGGAAGCAGCGGCAAGGGUGGCAAUGCUAGCGGUGGUGUUAGCGGUGGAAGGAAGAUGAGUGUCGCUAAGGGACCAGCAAGUAAUCCGGAAUCUUCUACGGAAGGAUAUGCAGAGAAGGAACCCUCGCUUCCCUCGCGUCUUCCCAUGAAGCCUAUACAUGCGGUCAAAGUAGCAGAUGAUGCAAGGAAUAGGAGAGAGGGAGGAAGGAAGCUUCCUGGGACCAAGGGAUGCACACGGACCCCCAAAGUGCAUCCCGGAAAUGAAGCAGCGGGUGCCGAGGAAUCAGCAGGAAACGGAGUAUCCGUGCUUGCGAAAGAAGUCAAACGAGGGGCUAAGCAGAAUCGAAAGCCGAAGGAGGCGGCUGCUGGUAGUGGGGUACGGAAGAGGGCUGCUGCUGAUAGGAUGGGUGGCAGGAAAUCAGGUGCAGAGAGUGUAGCUCCUCCUCGCAAAACUCCACCGGAGACUCCUCCGGCAAAAGUUGAACCUAGGGAAUCAGCGGAAGACCUGGUGACGGUUGCCAGUCUUUUAAAGACGAAGGUGGCGCUUGCCCGAUCUGCGAAGGUGGUUCAGCCUUUCCUGGACCUAGCGGACGGCAAGGAAGGCGCCGCGGCAGCCAAAUGGUGCAUGACGUACUUGGCGGCUGCUAAACCGACGGUGAUAUUGGGGUUCCCUGGGACAGGGGGUGGGCGGAACGGCAACGGAGCAAAGGUGCAGUCACAGAUAUCGAAAAUACUGAAGGUACCGAAAACGCCGAGGUUGCAUGCACCCCAGGAUCCUAUGGAUGCAGUGGGGAUGGGGGGCGCAGGGAAGACGAAAAAGGAGGCAGAGCCAACUUGGGUGGGGAAAGGUGGGACGCAGGGAGCGCAGCGUAAGUGGGAGGAUGGGAAAACGGGACAAUCGUGUUGGGAGGCAAAGGCGCGGCAGUUGGAGUCUGAGAGUUUGGCUGUCGCGAUGGCGGCGAAGGGCGCACGGUCGAAGAGGAAAGUGGGAAGUGGCUAUCAAGUCAUCGACGACGACGGCGCAGACGGGGAGGAGGUCGAAAGGGAGUUGGCAUUUGAGGAGAGAGUGGAUCAUCAUCCUCCCAUUGUGAGGGGAAGGGGCAGCAAGGGAAAGGAUGGGUGGAAAAACGAUGGUGGUCAGGGAAGAGCAGUGAAGGCCUCUGCCGUUGCGGUGGUGCUGCUGGAGUUCAUGCUGGAGGCAAUCGUGUUGGAGUUCAGCAUGCACCGGCAAAAAGGCGAAAAGGUUCAGGUGAAGGAUCUCGGAAUCCGAAUGCGAGACGCCUUUGAGCAAGUCGUCUUUGGACCGUCAAGGGAUGGCGGGUACUACUUGAUCGGCAUGACGGAGGUUCAUGAUGUUCUCUUCAAAGAUAUACCGUGGAGUACGCCUGAGGUUCUUGAUCUGUCGAUAAAGCUGGCACAGGGAAAUGGCAUCUCUGUCCUCCCGACGAAGAUGAUGCCCAUCCUGCAAGACAUUGAUACAGUGGAAGAUCUGGAGGCUUGGCUGAUGGAGCUGGAUGCGGAUCGGCGAUGCAAAGGAAAUGACCGUAUCGACUCUCCAGAGCUUGGUACGGAUCGGCGAGACCACGGAAAUGGCCCGGUUGACUCUACCGAUCUUGAUGCGGAUCAGCGACGGCGAGGUAACGACCCGAGCGAUGCUGUUGGAAGGAUGGACGGUAAGGCCGUCGAGACCGCAGAAGUUGCCGUCGAUGAAUGUGAUCUCGCCGAGUAUUAUCCCGUUGGGGAUCUGGAAUCGCGGACACUGUCGGCAAUCGAUCGCAGCAACGAAGCAGCUGGGGCUGCUGUUCGCCAGAGGGGUGAAGCGUGCUUGGGCCCGGAGGGUGGUUUUGCCCUGACAUUACUCCUUGGUAAUGAUGGCAGGGCUAUUUACAGAGACGACGAUGUCGACGGUUGUCGGCUGGAUGACCCUUGUAUCGGUUCCAGGGGUGACUCCGAAGCCUUUGCGACAGCAGGAGAUAAGAUAUCCGCGAACGAGAUGAGCGUGGAAAGCCGGAAAGAGGAGAGAGGGAGUGACCUGGUCGAGGAGAAUGUAGCUGUGGGGGUGGAGGAGAUGGUGGUCGAGAAGAACGUAGCGGCGUCCGGAGGAGGGGGGAAAGAAGUGGUGUCGAAUUCGGCGAAUAGGAAUGCGGUACGAUUGACAGCAGAGAUCGCGUCCUCGUCCUUGACGGAAGAGGGGAGGGUUGCGGCAUCCGGAGGAGGAAAAGAGGUGGUGUCGAAUUCGGUGAAUAGGAAUGCGGUACGAUUGACAGCAGAGAUGGCGUCGUCCUCCUCUACGGAAGAGGGGAGGGUUGUGGCGUCCGGAGGAGGAAAAGAGGUGUUGUCGAAUUCGACGAAUAGGAAUGCGAUAUGAUUGACAGCAGAGAUCGCGUCGUCCUCCUCGAUGGAAGAGGGGAGGGUUGCGAGGCAAGUCUCGCCCAGUCACAAGGAGCUCGAGAGGAUCGCAAGGAUCGUCGUAAGGACAUCGUCUUCGUUCUGAGGGGGGUCCGCGUCGUAAGGACAUCGUCUUCGGUGCUCGUUGCUCCGUUACUCGGCGUACUCGCCGCAUAUAUCGAAAUGACGACCGUAACUUGCAGUAGUGUGUGUCCAGGUGCGUCCUCCUUUUUUUCCCAUUUAGCGAGAGAGUGGUGGAACGAGCCACGUACAUAUAUAGUUUUGUGUACAGGUGGAGAGUUAAUCGAGGUGCUCCGAAUGGGCAUCCAGAAUCUUACUUCCAAGGAGCCAGGAUUUCUUUUUUUUUUCCUUAAAUGCUUUGAAAUUUGAAUCGAUUUAAACGUAUGUUAAUGUUCAAAAAAGCAGUCGUAGCAUUAAGAGU